AUGGACCGUCAAUUGGUUCUGAGUUGGUGGCUCUGCUUUUGUCUUUUGAGCCCUGUUAGUGCUGCUGCUGCUGCUGACACUGGAACGAACCUCUUUACGGUGGAUAGCAAUGGAGUGGGUUUGGCUCUGUUGGAAUCGGUGCUUGAGGCACUGAAUGUCUCUAGCCUCAAUCUGGUCAAUAGUGCGGCUUGGCCUCCCUUUGCAGUGCCAGCAACGCAGCAGACUUACGAUUACAUAGUCAUUGGAGCUGGCAGUGCGGGAUCUAUAGUGGCAAGUCGUCUCAGUGAACGGGCCAAUGUCAGUGUGCUACUUGUGGAGGCAGGGGAACUGCCACCCUUGGAGUCGGAGAUCUUCAAUCUGAGUCCCACACUGCAUAAGGAUGAGAGAUAUAUGUACUUGGAUGAGGCAGAACCGAAUUCGAAUUGCUGCCAGGCAAUGGAAGCGCCUCAUGGCUGCUGCUGGUGGCAUGGACGAAUGAUGGGCGGCACGGGAGCCAUUAAUGGUAACUUCUUUGUACCAGGAAGUGAACAUAAUUUCCAGCAUUGGUAUGCCGAUCUCAAGCUAACCGAAUGGAAUUGGCCUCGCGUACGUAUGGUCUAUCGAAAAUUGCUGGCCGAACUUAAGUUGACGUAUUUCCCCUUGGACAAGUUAACCGAGAAGAUAUCCACUAUGGUCUAUGCUGCAGCAGCCGAAAUGGGAGUGCCGCGCAUGAAGCAACCACUUGUAGCAGGCUCUAGCUUUGGCUAUACUCAUCACGUGCCUGUGACCAUUAACGAGGGAAGACGGGCGAGUAGCGCACGUCUCUAUUUGGCCAAUGAAAACGUGUCGAAGCGGAAGAAUUUACAUGUCCUUCGUGGGGCCCAGGCCCAGCGAGUGUUGCUCAAUAAGGAGGCUAGUCUGGCGACAGGCAUCAGUUACUCUCUGAGUGGUUCAAACCUUACAGCUUGGGCACGCCGUGAAGUCGUUGUCAGUGCUGGGACAAUUAACUCGGCAAAGCUUCUUCUCUUAUCUGGCAUCGGGCCAAGCGCUCAUCUGAAAGAAGUGGGCAUAAAACCGCAGAAGGAUUUGCCAGUGGGUGAAAAUCUUCAUGACCAUGGCAUGUUGCCUCUUUAUUUACGUUUCAGCGACUCGAAUCAGUGUGCCAUCAAUAGCAGCAGCUUGGCCAUAAGUAAUCCAUAUGCCCCAUUCUCAUUGGCCCAAUAUCUGCUGGAUGGGCAGAGUGGAAGUUUGGCCUCAGGAUUCUCCAUGAUGGGCUUCAUCAAUUCCAGCUCCCCGCAAAGUAGCUUCAUCCAGCCCGAUAUCCAUAUCGUUGCCCACACUUUCAUGGCUCGCGGUGGUAGUGGUAGCUUUGGCUAUUUGGGCUUUGAGCCGGAUCUCAUUGAGGCCCAGCAAACGGUUCUUAAGGAAACGGAUCUUCUUCAAAUAAUGGGUUCCUUGCUCUUGCCCAAAUCACGUGGUACUGUCCUCCUACGGAACUCCAACUCCUCGAGUAUGCCUCGAAUUCUCAACAACUAUGGCCAAGCACAGGAAGAUCGUGAUACGUUAUUGCGUUUUGUGCGCUAUAUCCAGAAAUUGAGUAAGACACGUUCGUUUCGCCGCUGUGGACUGAAACUCUGGCUGCCUCCUUUGGCGGAAUGUGAUCAAUUGGCCCCCGAUUCGAAUGACUAUUGGUUAUGCUAUAUACGGUAUUUCUAUAUAGGAAGUUGGCAUGCGGUUGGCACCUGUCGCAUGGCUGCGGAUGAUGAUUCUCGUGGUGUGGUCGAUUCCAGAUUACGGGUGCGGGGCAUUCGAGGAUUAAGGGUGGCUGAUGCCAGCAUAAUGCCAGAUAUCACGGCGGGCAAUACAAAUGGACCAACUAUGAUGAUUGCAGAACAGGCAGCCAGUAUGAUACAAGAGGAUCAAGAUUUGCCAUAAGAAAUAAAGCUAAACAUUGUAUGCCCAAAAGUAGGCAAUGCCAUUUUAAAAUUAACUAUCUUGGUUCUGGCCCGAAACAAAAUAAACAAGUCUUAUCUAAAUGCACCUUUUAGCAAAUGUUUGGGAUAAGAUAUAACCAAGAUAUACUAUAAUUAAACACACAAUUUAGCGGCUA